CAAUUAACAAGCAUUCCUGUAUUGCUUAAACCUUUAAAGUAUCCCUCAGGUACGGAACGGUUUCGAGCUUCGAGACACUGAACCGAAGCAGUGCGACGCUCACUGCCUCACCAGUCACCUCUCCACCAGAGCCAGUCUCGUCGAGUUUGAUGGCGGACUUGCUUGGCAGUGUCUUUUUUCGAACCCAAUUUGCUGUCACAGUAGUACAGGAUCGUCACAGCCUAGCAGGAGGUCUAUUACCAACGGUCCAGCAGGUAAAAAUGCAGCUGCGGUGUUCUGAAGUGCGAGCCGCCAACUCUUUGGACGACUAUAGCGAAAUUGACUUCAUUGCGGGAAAAAAUAAUGGCAUCAUCAUACAAGGCGAGUCCCUUCCUGCUGCUGUCUGCUGCCUCCUCUGCUACUGUGACCACACCGAGACAAACACUCUCUCCUACCAUCCUCGCCACAUUAAAGCACAGCCGUAUCCUCUACAGUGGCGGUGCGGUCCACUGCCUCCACCACCACUUCCAUUCCCUACCAGAUACGGAGGGGCAAAAAACUUCUUUUCUUUGAGGAUGGGAGAGACAAGAGAGAGGGGCGCCACUCACAGGGCUGAACAGAAGGGGCGCAGAGCAGAAAGGUUUGGAACAACUCGUGUAAAGUUACUUGGAACCACGGCACAACACAUGGCAGCUGCUUGUACUCCCUGACUCUUACGCCACAACCCCUGCAGUGUGUGCGGGAGGCCACGCAUGGCUGCAGACAGUAAGAAACGGCGAAUUUUGCUGUGCCGGUUCAAUGUUGCAGAAAUCGUUGAGCGGGGUUUUAGUCCGCCGCCGUACGGGCAUUUGUUUGCUAUCGAUAGCCAGACGAUGUUUGCUUUCAGUCUUACUUGCCUGGUUUUCUUUUUCAUUCACUCUGUAUAUUACUGUAACAUACAAUUAUCAAAAGUACUUUUAAAACAAUACUCACCAUAUUUCUUUGAGGGAUGUGACUUUUAUCUUUCUUUCCUUUUUUUUUUUUUCACAUCAGAGCAAGGAAGAAAUUAUACCUUUCCCCUGAGGCAGGGAAAUAUGAACUAGACUGUUGGGUGAAAUUGUUGUAUAAAAUUCGCUUUACCUCAGAAAGUAAAAAUAUCAGAAUUGGAGAGUUUAUUUGACAUUCUUCAUGACAAAUUAAGGAUCUUGAAAAUGUUCGUACAACUAUUUAUAACUCCAAACCAUGCGACUGUCUGACCUAUGCAUCUAAAUAUUAUUACUUUAUGUAUCUAGAAAUAUAAUAAUAAAAAAAAAAACCUCAAAUAGAAUCUGCAACUCAGACAACCAACACAGUUUGAAAAUUAAAGUUCAUAAAACCUAUUGAUAACAUUUGAAUCAUCAUCAUAACUUAUACAGCAUUUAUGAAGGAUACCAUUGAUCUGAACAAGAGCAGAGAAAAUGGUGUACAAGUGCCAUAUAAGAGUUUGUUUGAAAUGCAAAACGAUUCAUAGAACGUGAUCUUAACAUAGAAAACUGUUAUGUUAGAUGCUGUGCACUUUACUCAACUUGUAGUGUUUUCUUAUUGUGUGGUAUAUUGAGGCAUUGUAAAGGUCACACUAGUCAGAGCCUUUUUAUCUCCACAACGUUCGCUGAAGCAUCAUAACCUUUAGAAAAGAAUAUAUUUUCAUCUUGAUAUUUUAUGAAACAGGAUGUAUGACA